AGAAAUGAGAAAUCUCCCCACGAGUUUAAAGUUUAAACCCCAUUAUUGUCUUCUUCUUCUUCCUCUUCCUCUUGCCAAGUCGCCAUUAUAGGAGCUCUGAAUGUGUAGAGUGGGAGAGAUCAUAAAUGGAAAACUCGCUUGCACCCAUACGCUUUAUUCUCCUCCUCGGAGCAGCUGCCGCGGCGGCGGCGGAUAUUCUUCCCGGGUCAACCCUCUUUGCAUCCGACCCGAAUUCAACCUGGCCGUCUCCCAAUAACACAUUCACUCUCUCCUUCUUCCAGGACGAUCCCGGGAACCCCAACUCCUUCUUCGCCGGAAUCCGCUACGACGCCCGGAUCCCCAUCUGGAAGGCCGGCGGUGACUCCGGCUCCGUCUCGUCCUCUGCAUCUCUCCGUUUCCUCCCCAACGGCGACCUCCAGCUCACGUCCGGCGGCGGAAGCUCCCCCACCGUCGUCGUCUGGAGCUCGAACACCGCCGGCCGCGGCGUCUCCUCCGCGCGCCUUGACGACUCAGGUAACCUCGUUCUCCGGAACGCCACCGCCCCCAACAUCUGGUCCACUUUCGAUAACCCCACCGACACCAUAGUCCCCUCCCAGAAUUUCACCCUGAACAAUACUUUGAAAUCUGGGAAAUUCUCAUUCAAGCUCAGACAGAACGGGAAUUUGACCCUUCUGUGGAACAAUUCAAUCACUUAUUAUAAUUCUGGGUUUAAUUCUUCUGCCGAUUUCGAAUUAAAUUCCCCCAGUUUGAGUAUGAAUCCGGUGGGUAUUCUCUCCCUCUUCGACCCUUCCCUUCCCAACCCUUUGAAACUGGUUUACAGUAGCGAUUACUCCGACGAGGGCGAUAUUCUGAGAUUCGUGAAGCUCGAUGACGACGGGAAUCUCAGGAUUUAUAGCUAUAAUAAGAAAGGGAGUAGAAAUCCCAUUCUGCGGUGGUCUGCUCUGAGCGAUCAAUGUCGGGUGUUUGGGUACUGUGGGAAUUUCGGGAUCUGCAGCUACAAUGAUUCUGGCCCGAUUUGCAGCUGCCCGUCGGAGAAUUUCGCUCCAGUGGAUCCUGAAGAUCUCCGGCAAGGGUGUCGGAGGAAAGUGGAACUGGGGAGCUGUUCUUCCAAUCAGAGCAUCUUGCAGAUGGAUCACAGUGUGUUCUUGACCUAUGAUCCCGAGCUUUCUUCUCAACAGACCAUCUCCGCUGGGAUUUCAGCCUGUAGGCAAACCUGUCUCGUCAGUGCCGCUUGUAUUGCUUCCACCGCGCUGGCUGACGGCACCGGGUUUUGCUACCAGAAGCUACCGAAUUUCGUCAGCGGGUAUCGGUCCCUCACCCUGCCGAGUACUUCUUUUGUCAAGGUCUGCGGGACCCCAUUGCCUUACCCGUCCCAUGACGACUCGGAGAAGAAGAAGAAAAGUGGGUCCGAGUUGCCGGGGUGGGUGGUUGGGGUCGCCGUGGCGGGCUCAAUUCUGGGCUUGAUUCUGUUCCAGGCUGGCCUUUGGUUGUGGUGUUUCAGAAACAGGCCCAGAUUUAGCCCGCUGCCCGACCAACUUGCGCUCCUCGAGUAUGCUUCCGGCACGCCCGUCCAGUUCUCAUACCGGGAUCUUCACCGAGCCACGGGAGGGUUCAAGGAGAAGCUAGGGGAUGGGGGAUUCGGCGCGGUUUAUCGCGGCGUUCUUCGCGCUAACAAUAGAACAAUUGUUGCAGUGAAGCAGCUCGAAGGGAUCGAGCAAGGCGAGAAGCAGUUCCGGAUGGAGGUCGCGACGAUCAGCAGCACCCACCAUUUGAAUCUGGUGAGACUCAUCGGGUUUUGCUCCGAAGGACGCCGCCACAGGCUUCUAGUCUACGAGUUCAUGAAGAACGGGUCCCUCGAUCUCUUCCUCUUCUCCGGAAAGUUCUUGAAGUGGGAACAACGUUACGUCAUCGCUCUGGGAACUGCCAGAGCGAUGACGUACCUCCACGAGGAAUGCCGCGAUUGCAUUGUCCAUUGUGACAUCAAGCCCGAGAACAUUCUCUUGGACGACAAUUACAAUGCCAAGGUUUCGGACUUCGGGCUUGCCAAACUCGUGAACCCAAAAGAUGACAGGCACAGAACCCUGACGAGCAUAAGAGGGACGAGAGGGUAUUUGGCUCCAGAAUGCCUCGCGAAUCUACCCAUCACGUCCAAAUCCGACGUGUACAGCUUCGGGAUGGUGUUGCUAGAAAUAGUGAGUGGGAAAAGGAAUUUCCACGUCUCGACGGAGACGAACGGGAAAAAGUUUUCCACGUGGGCAUACGAAGAAUACGAGAAGGGUAACGCGAGCGCGAUUCUGGAUAAAUCACUAGGUGCCCAUGAGAUUGAUAUGGACCAAGUGAUGAGGGCCAUUGAAGUGAGCUUUUGGUGCAUCCAAGAGCAAAUCUCUCAGAGGCCAAAGAUGGGCAAGGUGGUUCAGAUGUUAGAAGGUGUUUGUCACUUCGAUAGGCCUCCGUCCCCGAGAGCCCCGACAGAUCGGAAUAGCAUAAAUAUGGCUAGUAGCUCAACUUCGUCUUCUCGUUCCGGGCAGAAUCUGGAGCGGGCUUCUUCGUCGCUCUUACACGCAGAUUAAGUUCAUCAAUGGGAAUGGUUUUGUUCUUGAGAAAUGGUUUAGACAAUUGUUGUAUUUCUUCAUGCAAUUAGUAUAUAUGUAGUAGUAAUAUAGAGUACAAGAGAGUAUUUGUUUGGUAUAUAGGUCAUCCCACUGUCAUGUAGUAAAAGUUUAACAAGUCC